CUUUGGGAUUGUUAGGGUGAUAAUGCCCAGCUGAAAGCAAUAAACUGGAACAUCCUGUGUUGAAGCGUGUUCAUGGUAGGCUUAGACUACCUUUAAACAUUUGUGAUUGUACCUUGGUUUGUUUUCACCCCCCAACUCAAACCGUUACCACUGCAUAGUAUGACUCUGUACAGGUGUUUUUGAGACAAACAAUACACUAACUAUCAGAAUCUGUCCACCGAUUGAUUACUAGAGCACAAUGGCUCAGCUGCCAGACUUGGUAGUUCAUUUAAGGAGUGAGUCAUUUCACCACACAUAUCCCCGUGUGGGGAUUUUGGACCACCUUGAGAAGAAUCUUCCGGAACAGAUGCCAUCAUCGGUAGAGUGCUCAGACCAACCUGGUGGGAUUGAGGAGAGCAACAGGUCAGGGUUGAGUGGAAACACUGUAGGUGGUGUGACCGAAGAUCAGAACCAGCUGGAGGAUCUCUUUGGUUCUGGAGGCAUAGCAGAAACUCUGUCUGUGGCCACUUUACAUAAAUGGGGUCUUGGAGGCCAGGUGCAGCGAUCUGUGCCCAUGUUACUUUCUGUUCCAGGGCAGGAUGACCGGGAGGCUACAGCCUCUCCAUUAUCACUCCAUAAGGAUGAUUACAACGAAGGGGCAGCAGAUGUCAAUAAAGAGGAAACUCAAGACUUCACUUUGAAGGAGUUGUUUGAGUCUAAGUACACUCAUGUUUUUCCUCUGUAUCAGUACUACUGCCUGCAAUCUGUAAAAGCUGACCUAAACAGGAUAAACAACAGUCUGUCUGAGCUGGUGACCGCCCAGUGUCUACCUGGCCUACAGUCCCCACCUGUCUUCCGCAUGGCCAGAUAUGUGGUCACCUCUCCCCCACCACUGUCUCCUCUCACAGUAAACCCAUGCAGCUUUUGGCAGGACUUGUCUGAGGUGAAGGAGAGUGGCCUACUUCAAACACUCUCCCUCAGCGAGAUCCGUCUACAGGAGGCUAUGUUUGAGAUGAUUGCUUCUGAGGCCUCCUACCUGAGAAGCCUGGGGGUAGCAGUGAAUCACUUCUUUGCUUCGAAGACACUGAAACAGACCCUCCAUCGCAUGGAGCAUCACAUUCUGUUUUCCAACCUGCGCAGUGUGAUGGCAGCCAGUGAGGGUUUUCUGCUGGACCUGGAGGUGCGUCUGGGGGAGAGUGUGGUGAUCUCUCAGGUUGGCGACAUUGUGCUGCGUCACUGCCUCACGUUCCGAUCGCUCUACGUGCCAUAUGUGACCAACAUGAUGUACCAGGAGGCCCUGGUCACGCUACUGCUGCAGGAGAACCGAGAGUUUCUGUUAGCAGUGAAGAAACUGGAGAGUGAUCCAAUAUGUCGGCGACAGACCCUGAAAUACUUCCUAGUCCUCCCCUUCCAGAGGAUCACACGUCUGAAGAUCAUCAUGGAGAGCAUCCUGAAGCUGACUGGGCAAGACUCUAAAUCGAUCCCUUGUCUGAAACAGGCCAUUGAAGCCAUACACAAGAUAGUGAUGGAGUGUGAUGGGGGGGUUCUGCGGAUGAAGCAGAUUGAGAAACUGGUGUACCUGGACAAGCACAUGGAUUUUGUCAAUGUUAAGUCCAUUCCUCUGAUCACAAGUGUCCGCUUUCUGGUGCAUGAAGGCCCCUUGAGACAGCUCACUCCAGAGGGCUAUGUGCCAGGAUCCAGGAUUUCCUACAUGGAUGUGUACCUGCACCUUUUCAAUGACCUGUUGCUCAUCUCAUUGAAAAAAGAGAUGCGUUUCAGAGUGCUAGAUCAUGCGGUGUUCCCCACCCACGUGCACACUGAGCAGCUGAAAACAGAGGCCCUUGGUCUGCCUCUAGAGUCCUUCGUGCUGCGCCUCUCCCAGAACCACACUGGGCAUGCCACUGCUUUCAUACUCGCCCCACAUACCACUACCAGGUCAGACAAAGAAGCCUGGAUGAAAGCUCUGUCCUCUGUCAGUGGGGACAUGUAUGAAGGACCUGUGAAGUACUGUACUGUGUAGAGUUUCUGAUGUGUUACUAGUUGAUGGUUCUCUGGAAGAGCAGCAGUUUUAGUUGUCAGUGUUACUGCAUUGGAAAAAGUGUUUACAUUUUUAAAACAUUUUUUAGAGAUGUUUCAGCUUCUGAUAUUGUGCAAUUUGAUGCGACAGUUUUAAUCUGUUACUGGAUUGCAUGUACUUGCAUCUUAUUCACUUUGUGUAUAUUUGGCACUUCGUUUUCUUUUUUGCACUUUUUGGGGGUUUGUAUAGCACUAAAUUGGUUAGAUGGACCACAGCUCUUGUUCGUACAUGGAUGACUUGGACAGAUUAGUUUACCAGCUCACAAUUAGUUUAGGAAACAUCAGUUUGACAUUUUUGUCAAUUUUAUGCAUGAUAAAUAAAGCGUCAUAUUUUAA